GCUUUGGCCAUGUCUUCCCUCCCUGUCCCCAUCUUCCCAGCUCUGCUACAGCUUGUAGUCCUUACAUAUGUGAGCGGUGGGGCAUACUAUGGACACAAGCAGCACCCUCAGCCAUACCAGCCAAUGCAGCCAAUGCAGCAUCUUCAGCACAUGGGCAUGAACAAAGGAGGCUUUACUCAACAACAGUACCUAGGCAAAGAGGUGCCCUAUAUGCCAUAUCCCCACUAUAGGAAGGAACUCCCCCAGAUGCCCAUGUUGAAAGGCAAAGAAAAUGCUCUUAAGGGGGGCACCUUUAAUGGUGGCAAAGACAAAGGUCAGACAAUCCCAAGUGGUGCAGAGGGAAUUCCCCAAGGAGAACCAGGACCAGCUGGGCCACCUGGACCAGAGGGGCCUCCAGGACCUCCUGGACCUGCAGGGAAUGGAAUACCUGGUCCUUCAGGCCGACCUGGACCUCCAGGUCCACCAGGACUACCUGGACUGGGAAAACCAGGUUUGCCAGGGUUGCCAGGAAAACCUGGAGGCAAUGGUGAAGCUGGGCCCCAAGGAGAAAUGGGCCCUAGGGGUGAAGAUGGGCCAGCUGGACAGCCAGGGCCGCAAGGCCCACCAGGACCACCUGGGCUUCCAGGAAUAGGUAAACCUGGAGUGCAGGGAUUACCAGGCCAACCAGGGCCCAAGGGAGAACCUGGUCACAAGGGACUGCCAGGUCUGCCAGGAUUACCAGGACCCAAAGGAGAUAAAGGGAUGGGACUGCCAGGACAACCUGGUCACAAAGGACUGCCAGGGCUCCCAGGACCUGCUGGCCCAAGAGGACUGCCUGGUUUUGGGAAACCAGGGUUGACUGGAGCACCAGGUCCAUAUGGACCACCAGGAGAUAAAGGACAUCCUGGAGAACCAGGGCCUCCUGGGCCAGCUGGAGAAGGAGGACAGCCUGGUCCUCCAGGUCUACCUGGUCAAGGAAAGCCAGGUCAAGUUGGACUGCCAGGACAACCAGGUAUGCCAGGUGGAAAAGGUCAUCCUGGACCACCAGGUUUGCCAGGAAAACCAGGACUGCCUGGAUUUGGUAAACCAGGACUCCCAGGAAUAAAAGGUGAUAAAGGUAUGGGUGGGCCACCUGGACUUCCAGGACCUAAAGGAGAUAAAGGUUAUGGUGGACUACCUGGCAUGCUUGGACCCCCUGGACCAAAUGGCCCACCGGGUCCUCCAGGUCCUAUGGGAACCCCAGGAAGAAUAGGUGCACCUGGUCCCAAAGGAGACUGUGGAGAUGGGGGACCGAAAGGACUUGAUGGUGUCAAGGGGGAUCUUGGUCCUCCUGGACUUCCUGGUAAGAAUGGUCUGCCUGGAGACCGUGGAGAACCAGGAAUGAGAGGUCCACAAGGACCAAGUGGUCCCAAAGGAGAUGACGGGCACAAAGGCCUACCUGGCAUGCCUGGCCCCCCAGGGACUCCUGGUCCAAAAGGAGAAGCUGGGUUGCCUGGUGAUGUGGGACUUCAAGGUCCUAAAGGAAUUCCAGGACUGGAUGGUGCUGCAGGACCAAUUGGGCCUCCUGGUCUUCCUGGGCUUAAAGGAGAUAAUGGUCCUCCUGGUGCACCAGGGAUUGCAGGCAAUGGAAGUCCAGGUCUACCUGGUCCCAUAGGACCCCCAGGAAAAGAGGGCCCUUCUGGAUCUCCUGGACAGCCAGGUCAACCAGGCCCUCCUGGUUUACCAGGACCACCUGGAGUACCUGGCUUUUCUCCUGAAAUGGCUGGAGUGCUCUCUGAGAUGGGCCCAGGACUAGAUGGCGUUAAGGCUGGAAGUUAUGGUAAGAAGGGCAAGUAUGGAGGAAGUGGAGCAGAAAUAAUGGGUCCUAGUGGGCUAGAAAUGCCAGCAUUUACUGCUCUAGUAACAACACCUUUUCCACCUGUGGGCGCUCCAGUUGUAUUUGACAAGCUCUUGUACAAUGGUCGCCAAAACUACGAUCCCCAAACAGGAAUUUUCACCUGUGACAUGCCUGGCAUUUACUACUUUGCCUACCACAUUCAUUGCAAAGGAGCCAAUGUAUGGGUAGCUUUAAUGAGAAAUAAUGAGCAAGUGAUGUAUACAUAUGAUGAAUACAAAAAGGGUUUCUUAGACCAAGCUUCAGGGAGUGCAGUAUUGCCUCUGCAACCUGGGGACACAGUGUACAUUCAGCUUCCCUCAGAUCAAGCCUCAGGACUUUAUGCUGGACAGUAUGUACAUUCCUCUUUUUCUGGGUACUUGUUAUAUCCCAUGUAA